AGGCGAUCGACUAGCUACUACUGUCAGGCCAAUAUUUUGCAAAUCAUUUGCAAGGAUCUGAGUUACACCUACCCAGCCGUUUCGGGAGAUGGAGGAUUCGACUCUGUUCAUGCAGUGGGCCAUGAACACGCUGCAGGACGAGCAACCGGCGGCCGCCGUUGACGACGACUGCGGCGAGGCAACCUUCCCCUCGCUCCAAGCGCUCCGCGAGGCCUCACACGCAGCCGAAAUGGUCCAGGAGCUGAUCGCGGAAGCCCGUCCGACAAACAGCUGGAGCUCCGGCGAUGGCGACACAACCGACGGCAGCAGCGUCGGCAAUAACUCGGCCCCCGCGGCAACGACGCACGAUAUCUGGCCCGCGUCGCCGAACACGGCCACGCGCGCGCCAAACAGAAGCAGCAGCGGCACGAACCUUCCCAUGAGCUGGAACUUCGGCGCCGCCUCGGUGCAGCCUGGCAGCGACGACAUGGUGGCGGAGGCCGCCGCCACCAUGUCGUCGCUGCCAGGCUGCCCCGCCACACGAGGUCUGCCGGACCUGGUCUACGGAUCUCCGCCGACGAGGAGAGCCGGCUUAAAGAGGGCGGCAUCCAUGUCGGUGCCGUACGCUCAAGACCACAUAAUCGCGGAGCGGAAGCGGCGGGAGAAGAUCAACCAGCGCUUCAUCGAGCUCUCCACCGUCAUUCCCGGCCUCAAGAAGAUGGACAAGGCGACAAUCCUUUCUGACGCGACGAAGUACAUAAAGGAGCUCCAAGAAAAGCUCAAAGAUAUGGAGGCCGGCGGCAGCAACGGCAGGAGCAUCGAGAACAAGGUGUUCGCCAAGAGGCCAUGCCUCCACGCCGCGGCCGCGCCAGACGACGAUGGCUCCCCGUUGUCGGCGUCGUCAGGCACGCCAGCGUCGAGGAAACAGCUGCCGGAGAUAGAGGCCCGGUUCUCGGAGAAGAGCGUGAUGGUGAGGAUCCACGGUGAGAACGGCAAGGGGGUGGCCGUGAAGGUGCUCGCCGAGGUCGAGGAGCUCCACCUCAGCAUCAUCAACGCCAAUGUCAUGCCGUUCACGGCUUGCACUCUGAUGAUAACCAUCACGGCAAAGGCAAGUUCUUUUUACCGUUUUGACUGA